UAUGUCUUUUCGACGUUGUUAUAAGCUGGACAGAAAGAGAAAAGUUUCAUCCAUUCUCCUUCUCUUGUUGCCGUGUAUGGUGUGAGGACUGCUGAAUGCAACAGCCUUCAGUGAGGGGCUUUGGACCUCUUCCUUCUGCUCAAGGCUUCCUGGAGGAUCUCACGAGUAUUUCAGGCUGCAGGAAAAUGUAUUGGGGAAAUCAUGUUAGAAUUCUUUUCACUCUGACUCUGGUCUGGCAGGCUGUUCAUUUAGGAAAAGGCCGUGAAAAAGAAGAACGUGAAGAAGAUGUGAAAAGUCUCAAUGCCACAGCACAAAAGCAACAGCCCAAGAACGAAGGGACUAUUAUAAAUGCUCUCAGUGACAUGAAUCAGAGUUACGAAAGCAGAAAGCAACAGAAUUCCAGGGCAUUGGUACCUUUCACUGGGAUUACAGAGAGUAAAAAACUGAACAGGCACUGCUGCCAAAAUGGAGGGACCUGUAUCCUAGGGGCUUUCUGUGCCUGCCUAAAGCAUUUCACUGGAAGAUACUGUGAACACGAUGAGCGGCAAAGCAACUGCGGCAGCAUUGCCCACGGUGCCUGGGUGCUGAAGGGCUGUUGGCUGUGUCGGUGCGGCUAUGGUACUCUGAACUGUCUCUCAGAAAUAAUGCACGAUAACUGUGAACUGAAAUCAGAAAAGGAGGAAAUUACUAGACUAUAUUCUAAUGGGCUAAGAUUACAGCAAACAGUGUUUGCACUCGCUUGCCUGCUCACCAUCCUCCUGGAGCUCUGCUGCUGGCAGUUGUGAAACUGGACAAAGGGAAAUAUCUUAGGGUGGUUGUAACCCUCACCAUGAAUCAUACAACUUUUUUCUUCUGUGAGCUACAGCAGACACUUCUACCUACAUGUUGGAGGCAGAUUAAGAUGUAUUAGUUAAUGCUGAAAUGCUUGGAUUAUUAUAAAUUCAGAUUAUAUGAAUGUGAAGUAUUUAUUAUAUUAUUAUUAUUUUAUUACUACUAUCUAUGUCUGAUUCUAAUGAUUCUUUAGGUCUAAAAUACUGUUCUUCCAGUGGAAGCAAAAACCCCCCAAUGUUCUAUGCAUUAAGUAUUGUAAAUUAUAGUAAUUUCCUUUGUACACAGUACAACUAUUUUAACAAAUAAA